AUGUCGUCAGGAUUGGCCUCCGAUGAGGUUGCCGAGGAUUACAAGAACUCCUUGGAAGAUCUAACCACCAACGACAGGUUCCAAAUAAGCAACCUGACCGUCAUCGCCAAAGAAAACACGGAACAUGCCAUGGCCAUCUCGCGCGUGCUGGAAAAUCACAUUCGAACAACGCCACCGGCCCAAAAGUUGCCUGCCUUGUAUGUAGUCGACUCAAUAGUGAAGAAUGUAGGGACUCCCUACACUCUGUUCUUGGGUCGCAAUAUGUAUCAGACCUUCAUGAAUGCCUACACCCUGGUCGACUCUCAGACUCGCCGAAAACUGGACGAAAUGCUCAAGACGUGGAAAGAACCGGUGCCGGGCUCCUUGGACACUAGGCCCGUCUUUCCUCCAGAAACCACUCGAGGCAUCGAAAGUGCCCUGAUCAAGGCUAGAACUGCCGCCCUUCAGCAGCAACAGGCCCGGAGCCAGCAAGACUUGCUCGGUCGUGGCCGAGUUGGGACUCCUCCAGGCUGGACCAACAGUCCGACGCCCUCGCAAAAUAUGGCGCGAUAUCCGUCUUCUGCCAAUUCCACCCCGCCCAUGCCGUACCAGAGAAAUGGCACUGGCCACGGACUGCAACCGGUAGGUGCAGACCCGCGCUCGACUCCGACUCCUCAGUCUCAGCAACAGCAAAAUGUUGAUCUCUUGGCCUUGAACCAAGACAUCGAAACGUUGAUCACGGCAGCCCGAGGCGACUUUGCCAACAAUCCUCUAGAUCCGUCCGUACAGCAACGGCUAAAGGCGCUUUUGGAUCUCCAGGGGAUACUGCAGCGUCAAGAGCUAACCCAAGAUCAGCUAAGGCUUGUGCGCCACCAGGUCUCGACGCUUGCGCCGAAGCCUGCCGUACCCACGCCGCAAAAUCUCCCUCCGGGUAUUCCAGCCAUUUCCACUUCUAGCAUGGCUACUCCACCAACCCAAACGCUGUCCCAGCCUCUGCAACAACUUCUCAAUCCGGGGACUCUUGCUGAGUUGAUCAAGUCCACCGCUGCGCGCCAGCAACCCACUCCGCCACCUCCAGCUGCCAGCGUCCUGCCACAGAUUCCCACAAACAGCAACACUCCUCAACCCGCCGUCACGUCGGCUCCUGAUAACCCGCUCAUCGCCGCUCUUCGAGCCCGAGGCCUGCUGCCCGCCACUGCUGGUUCCCCGGCUCCUGCGGCUCCGCCCUCAGGCGGUUCCGCAGCUUUCCCGCUUAUUGUACCCGGCCAGAUGCGAUAUACUCCUCCGGUUGCCAACCCCUCGUCUAUGAACGUUUCGGAGGCCCACGUGAAUGUUCAAAUGAAUACCGCGUCCAUGAAAAUACCACGCACCGCUUUGAUCGCCAGUCUCUAUGAAUCACGAUCAAAUCGAUGCGGAACAUGUGGUCGCCGAUUCUUAGCGACUGAAGAAGGAAAGGAAAAGAAGGCCCGUCAUCUAGACUGGCAUUUCCGAACCAACCAACGUAUGGCCGAUGCCGCCAAGCGAGCUCAGAACCGCAGUUGGUACGUCGACGAAAGGGAUUGGAUCAAAUCCCGAGAGGCAGGGGAUGACCAGGGCCUUGUCGACCCAGAGGCCGUCGGUGAAAGUGCAACCGCCGGGGAUGGCGGUGCUGCAAAGAAGGGCCCUCCAAAGCCCUGGAUUCGAGCCCCUAACGACGCCACCCUGCGCAACACUCCUUGCCCCAUCUGUCAAGAGAAAUUCGAGUCGACGUGGUCCGAAGACGUUCAAGACUGGAUAUGGCAGGAUGCAGUCAAGGUUGGCAACCGCGUCUAUCAUGCCAGCUGUUAUGCCGAAGUCACCAAAGACGGACCGGCACCUUUACGCCGAGGCACGCCCUCGGGACGUACGGGGACGCCAGACUCGGUCCUGGGCAAGCGCAAGGUUGAGGAGUCGGACUCUCCGGGUCACAACGUUCGUGUCAAGACGGAGCCGAUGUCAUGA